ACGGUCGUAUUAAAUCGCAUUAACAAUUAGACGGGAGUAAUAUAAAGAAAGAAAAAAAAAUGAAAAUUAUAAAAAUAUUUUUAAAAUUUUAUAUUUUAAUUGCUAUAAUUAUAUCCUUGAGCAAAGCUGAGGAUAUAGUAUUAAAAUGUGAUGAAUACAAUACAAAUAUCGGGGGCAUGGAAAAAUUCUGUACGGUAUCGGGUUUUCAAGUAACGCAUUCGCAAAAUGUUAAAAUACCACCCUAUGUCAAGGCCAAUCAAACGAAUUUUAUGAAAUUUUACAAUUCCGUGCUGUUGGAUAUACCCGCUAAAUUGUUUGAUGUUUUUAGUACUUUGAAAACUUUAGAUGUUUCGAAUACUGAAAUAGAGGAUAUAUCACGUAAUACCUUUACCUCGGCCAGUACCUUGACAACGUUGAAUUUGAGUCACAAUCAUAUAGAGAAAAUCAAUACCUCGGUAUUUGUGGGAGCUCAUAAUUUAAUGCGUUUAGAUUUGAGUUAUAAUAAGUUGCACACUUUGGGCACUUUAGCUUUUCGCGGUCUGACCAAUAUGAACAAAGUUAUACUGUCCAAUAAUCAAUUGUCGGUUAUACCAGAGGAUUUAUUUUUUGAAAAUACCUACAUGGAUGCUGUGUACUUGGAUAAUAAUCAAUUGGAAUUUAUUAAACCGGAAGUAUUUUAUCAUCUAAGACAUAUAAGAGAUUUGAAUUUGGCCAACAAUCGUUUGAAAUCUUUUGAUCCCCAGACAUUUCAACAUUCCUAUGGACCGGAAGUGUUGAUAUUGGCUCGUAAUCAACUGCAAGAGUUUAAUUUAUGCAAUAAAACCAUAACCAAGAAAUUGGAUUUAGAUUCGAAUAGAUUGACGUCAUUGGUGGUGAAUGGCACCAACUUUUUAUCGGCCAUAAAUAAUUCCAUUUCAAGGGUCAAUGUAUACAAUGGACAAUCAGUAAAUGUACUUUUAUUGCGCAGUAAUAACUUAAGCGAUAUAACAAAUAUUACUUUGCUAACACAUUUAAACGAAUUGGAUUUAUCGUAUAAUCCUGUGGGUACCCCCAAUAUUAGUACCUUUCAAAAUCUGCAGCAUUUAACGGUAUUGAAUUUAAAAGCUACUGGCAUAAAGAAAUUAACUUUUGGCAUGUUUGCCAAACUAGUUUUGCUGGACAGUUUAGAUUUGUCCUACAACAAUUUAACAGAUUUAAAUUUGGAUAUUUUUGUGCCCGCCAAUCUUAACAUAAGAUCAUUUUAUGUGGAUGCCAAUAAUCUUACUGAGAUUCAAGGAAAAUACACUUUUGCCAAGGCUUUUCCCCAACUGGCCGAAUUGGGUAUAUCACGCAAUCGUUUCAACUGUUCCUACCUACACUGGCUGCUCAUCAAACCUCAAUUAACCGAUUACACCAAUUUGCAUAUAGAACAUGAUGACUCAGCCCAGGAGACCACACAUAUACGUGAUGUUACCUGUAUUAGUCAUGUUCAAGAUGAACUGCAACAGGCUGAACAUGAUCUCGAGUCAUCGAAAAAUUUCCAACAGAUCUUACAACAAUCUAUGGAUACCAUGGCCGUGCAUGCUCAAAAAAUGCACAAGCAUUUGCUAAUCAUGUCCAUCACACUGACAUGCUUUAUAACGGUUCUGUGUGCCGUGUGUAUCGUAACAGCUGUACAAUAUUGGCGCACACAACGGGCGAAAUAUUUUCAACGUCGUGGUGGUUCAAUACUCUUUCAUUCGAAUGCCACUACCAAUACUCUAGUGGAACAAUAAAAUCUCCCUCUGCUCUACUUAUAUAUAUAUAUAUGUGUGUGUGCGUCAGUUGGUCUUUUCCAUGUUAACGUUUGUUUUUUUAAGUUUACUGCUGACCAAGACAAAUUUCAUCAUAAAUAAUCACGAUUAAUAUAGACGUUAUUAUAUUUUUAUCAUCAUUAAGUUUGGAUUAAUUAGUAAUUAGAGUGUCUAAAUGUUUCCAAAGCAGUGUAAAUAAUUUCUGUCUAAUAACAAAGUCCGUCUUCAUUGCCUUGUUCGCUUUGGUGUGCUCCGCCUAUGCCAAACCCGCGGUUUUCGCUGCUGCUCCUGUUGUAGCCGCCGCUCCUGCUGGUGUUGUUACCGCUACUAGCUCUCAAUAUGUUGCCCGCAACUACAAUGGUGUUGCUACUGCCCCCGUUGUAGCUCCCGUUGCUGCCGCCUACACCGCCCCUGUUGCUGCUGCCUACACCGCCCCUGUUGCCGCCGCCUACACCGCCCCCGUAGCUGCUGCCUACACUGCUCCCGUAGCUGCCGCUUAUGCUGCUCCUUAUGCUUCUUACUAUCCUUACUCCGCCGCUGCCUACACCACUGUCUUCUAAAUGGAACGGGAUUACUUUUUGUAAUGACUGGACUUUGUGAUUUUUUACAUAAUGGAAAAGAUGCUUUAUUUUUAAAGUUUUCUUUUUCACGGUUUUGUUAAAAAAAUUUUGUUUUAUUUUUUUAAAAAAAUAUUUGUUUAUAGUUUUAAAAUGAAGUUAAAAAGAAAAUAUAUGCAUUUGAAAUACUAUUAUUAGAUAAA